UAUUAUAACGCUGGCACUGAUAGCUGAUUAUUCGGGAAAUAAGUCGACCUACCCUUUAUAAUCAUCAUGGAAUCUUCAACCAUUUUCGAUGUUCAGGACCUACUGAUAAAUGAUUCAACCAACAACGAAAACAAUUUUACAGAUUCUAUAAUUAGGGGAUACAACUUAUCAUCUCUCACAAGAGCGCAGUAUUUGGCUAGAGUAAUCUGCUUCACAAUAAUAGCAAUCUCUUCAACGUUUGCUAAUGGAAUCGUCAUCCUCGUUUACGCCUUAUACCGAAAACUUCGCACAUACGAAAGCGUGUACAUAAUCAACCUUGCUAUUUCCGACUUCUUAGUAAGUAGUACUGUGAUGCCAAUUAAUACGGUUUAUCUAAGAAAUUCAUGGGAACUGAGUUUUGAACUUUGUAAGAUUAAGAUUGGUUUGGAACAUUCGUUGUUACAAGUGUCUGUGUUCACGGUGAUGGCAAUUGCUAACGAUCGUUAUAAAGCAAUCACAAAUCCCAUUCAAUACCGAUUCAACAGAGACCCGAUACGGGCCGUCAAGACCUGUAUUUUGUUAUGGAUGCUGUCUUUUGGAAUUUGGAUCCCACUUCAGACCAUCUGGGGUUUGUUGAGUGGAAAUGGAUAUCGACUUAAAACUACAUGUUAUGGGUUGCACUUCGUGAACGUCUACAACAACAUCAUUCAUGUUAUUCUUUAUUUUUGGCUACCUUUUAUUGUGAUAAGCAUUUCUUCUUACCGAGUAUACAAAGCCAUACUUAGAAGAAAACGUAACUGGGUGAACCAAGUAAUAUCAAAUGCACAGAUGCGUUCCAGUAGUAAUCAUCAAGAAAACGGAAACACCCAUUUGGAAGAGACUGAAAUGAAAGCUCAUCACCAUACUCAGGACCUAGACAUGAACCAGUGUAAUAUAAUACACAAUCAAUUCAAAAAUGAUACUAGGCCUACAACCUCGAAUCAACGAAACGAUGAAAUGGUACUCAGCAUGAAGACGUUGGUAACCAUCGAUGAAGACGAUGCUGAAAUAGAAACUCAUCAAUAUACAAACCUUGGAUUCCAGAACCAAGACGUUGGCCAAUCUGGUGUAACCAAUGAUGCCAGUCCUACACCACAGAAUCAUCGUGACAAUGAAUUAGGAUUACAUGAAAGCAGCUUGAACAUCAAAAAUCAUGAUGCUGAAAUAUUAACAAUAUUCAAGACUGAUUCAAAACCACCAAAGAACAGAAAACUAGGAAGGGUGAGACAAACCCAACAAAACUGUCAGGGAAGCAACCUUCGUAUCCUGAAACACAUCGUCAUUGCAUAUUAUGUCACGUGGUUUCCAUACGGUGCACGCCUAACAUUAUUUGUUGCUCUAUUCUACACAAAAAAUGAUCAGCUGAACUAUAGCAUUCCUAUUACUCCUCUAAAAUGGCUAUCGUUCUGCAAUAGCUUAUUAAAUCCUCUUAUAUAUUUCAUAUCCAAUCCAAAGCUAAGAGAACAUUUAUUGAAGUUAUUUACUUGCGUCCGCAAAUGAGAGAAUGCUCGAAAUAACAUUUUCGUUAUGUAAUGUUCUGUAAUGUAUAAUUUGGGUGGCCAUAUUAGUAUAAUAUCGUGGAAAAGUUUAAUUAAGUUGUUUUAGUCUGUAAAAUGCUGUCUAUAUAACAUAUAUUCCUGUACAAAGU